GUAAGAGUCAUGUGCAAUUCUAUAAACUGAAUAGAAAAUGGCUUAUUUUGGUAACUGAAGAAGAGAAACUAUGCAAAAUAAGGAGUAUUCGGUUCUUUAUACACAUCAGAAAACAAAGAAACGUAAAACAUGGCAGGAUGGCAUACUUCUUUUCCAGAAAAGUAACAACAAAGUUAUUUUGUAUGAUGACCAGAGGACUUUACUGGACUCACUAUUCAUAUCCAACAGACAGAUAUGUUGCGGCAUGGAUCUUGAAUCAGAUAAAUAUCUGAUAACUAUCGAAGAAGAGAAGAAUGACACAGUAGCCACUAGUCAUCAGGCAAAUGUCAACCCCAGACAAGCACUUCCAAGAAACUAUUCAUUACCGUCUGUCAGGAGAAAGGGAUUCCAACCACCUAAGUUUACAGCAACUGAAAAAAGACCUCAUCCUGGACCAGAUACAACCGUUGGCCCUCCAGAUAAAAGGUUCAAGCUGUUAAUAGAAGAUGAUGGAAGACAGCAUAUUCCCAGUAAACCUGGCAUAGUCACAAGAGAUCAGUUUUUCUCAUUAUACUCACAGCAAAGAGACCAAACCACUUCAAUUCCAAGGAAUUUUGCCUCACAUUCAGUCAAUGAUUCUAAUACAAUAGCAAAAGGGAACUCAAGAAGCCUUUACACAUUAAAAGACAAAGAAAACACAAUCAGUGAAUGUACUUUUAAUAACAGAAGUGACUGUCAAAGUAAGAGGAACUCAUCACAGAUUUUAGCUUUGUUUUCAUCAAACAGUAAUAGUACCUUCCAAUAUUCACGUCAAGGAAUGGAAAACUAUCCCACUGAACUGACAACAGACAAACCUACCUUCUGUGGAAAUCCCUCUGAAGAGAAUAAAAGCACUUUGCAAAAGACUGCACCAUCAUUGUUCAACAGUUUUGGCAAUGCUACAAAAAGAGUAGAUGCGUUGUUUGAGAGUCUGUGUAGAGAGAAAGAAAAUAACUUAGUACACAAGACUGGAAGCCAUUCUCUGCUGACCAGUUUUGGUAAUGAUGAUGGUUUAUCUGAAGAAAAAGAAAAUGAAUUAAAACAAGAAUCUAUAAAACAUAUGAUAAGCCAUUUGGAGCCAGCAAAAAGUGCAAUUGGUUUAAUCCAAGAGAAGGAGAAUGGGUUGCAAGAGGGCCCAGCACCUUUCUUCAAUAGUUACCAUAGCAACAGAAAUGGCCUGUUUAAUAAAUCAAAGAGUUCAUAUUCUACAACACCUUAUCUUUUAGAACUAUCAACUGACAACUCUACAUCACAACACGACAACAAUACACAUAAACCAACACUUAACAAAGAGAGUUAUAGUGUUUUUCCUAGUCAACAAGGACCUGGUCUGGAUAGACACCAGGCUUCAAUGUGGGAUGGAUCUAGUGACAUGUUUCAAGUGCCUGAUAUUGAUUAUGAUAUGAGUGACUUGUCUGAUAGUAUGGGGAGUGAUUUCUAUACACAUAACAUGGCUGGGUUGGACACCACUUCAAGGCAGUCAGAACAGGAGAAAACAGAUUUAAUGACAAGCUGGAAGGGUUCAUUAACCAGUGAUACUGUAAGGAGAGACUCUGUUGUACCUGCCACCAGACUUCAUGGAACCUCACAAUUCAUGGCUGGUUCUUCUGCCUCAACAUUAACAACAUCAGAAGAAGACAAAUUUGAUUUAUCUGGAUGGGAAGGUAACAAUACCAGACAACAGGGAUGUUCUGGUGGGAUAUCACAAAGAGUACCAAAACUUAAAACAAGAAGAAGAGAUCCAAUGACAAGUUGUCCAACAAGUAGCCACAUAACGCUUUACCCAGAAGUAGAAACAAGCAGCUCAUCUCUAAACCAUCAUGAUUCAGCCAACAAAGACUUUCUAAACCAAAGUAGUCCAGAAGAAAUAACUCCACAAUUUGAUGCACAAUCUAGUUUUUCCAGUCAAAGUCUAUCAACAAAUAGAUUCCAGGUGAUGCCAGUUGAAACCAGUUCGUUCCAGUCAAAGUUUUCCAAUCAGAACCGAAGGGUUGGUUUGAGGAAAACAGGAGGAAGUUCAUCGGUAGGAUUUCUUCCAGGAAGUAAGAUAACUUCCCAAAGGCCUUCACCUGUGACAGUGUUUAACAGAAGCUCACUGACAGACAGCAACAUAAUUAAGGAGACAAUGAUGGGUGAGCUAGUAUUUCCAUCAUCCAAAGAAUGUGACGAUAAUGUCAAACCAUGUCGACAAGUGACGUUACCCAUUACAUUUACAAGUGAACAGCAUUAUCGUCAUACUAUGAAGGCUGCACUGAGAGAACAUCUGAACAUCAUACUAUUUGAGCUUGCUCAGUCCUUUCAUGCUGGAUUAAGGAAAGUCAAUAUCAGUCAGUAUGGUUCACUGGAUCAAGAUACACAUCACGAUGACCGACCCAGAUGUUCACACGGAGUUGCUACAUUAAGAACAGUAAAGAAGGAUGGUCCAAAUAAGGGACGUCUAUUUUACUGCUGUCCAGGACCAACCAACUCAAAAUGCAAGCUGUUUAAAUGGGCCAACGAGUGUAAAACACAAGUAGCAUCGACAAACAGAGAGCAGUCACAAGCCAGCAGACCAACACUGUCUACAACACAGGAAAUCACUUCAUACUUUAGAACUCAGAAUGUGUCGCUAUACUGCGAGUGCCACCUCAUCAUUAAAAAGAAAACCAAGAAGUAUGGCCAAGACAAAUAUAGAUACUCCAAAAGGAAUCUAGCUGAUGAUGGUGCUGUUGGUCCAGGAAAGACAGUCAUGUAUCUGGAAUUGAGCAGAAGAGAAACUUCAACAGCUUACAGUAAAGAUGAUAUUUGGAUUGUUUCCAGUUCUUUAACCUUUGAAAAGCACUCUACAUUUGUUGCUAAAAGUACAUACUUUGGUCCAUAUUCUAGCGGAGAACUUGAGAUAUCUCCUAUCAGCUGUUACUCUCCUUCAAAGUGGCAAUCUGGAGAUGUUGUGUUUGCAUUGCAUGGAUAUAAUGCAGCUAAUGAGCUGAUGUGUAUUGACAAUAUUGAUGACAACGUUAAGAGUGCAUAUAUGCCAUUGUUACCACGACUACUUACCAAGUAUGAAUAUUAA